UUGGGAAGCUACGAUCCAGGAAUACUAUUCGGUAUUCUUUGCGAUAAUCCUGAAUUGAAUGCAACAGCUGACAAAAUAUGCUUAUCGUAUGGUGUUUGGGAGAACCUUGAAAGCAAUGAACCGUCAGCUGAAGUUGAUAGUGGAGAAGUACCUAGCAAUACAUACAAUAUAUCGUCUAAAACAGCCGAUGGAAAUCCAAUCACAACCGAUUUUGUAAUAAAAAUUACCGAUGAGAAUGGUAAAAUUCACAAAGACCAAACAAAAGAUACUUUAAGCACUUUGCUUCCUAAUAAAACAAUGCAAGAACAUAACGAAAACUGUACUAUAAACUUGGCUAACCCAGUGGAGCAACUACACCACUCUGGUACUUUGGCUAUUAAACACACGCAUUUCAACAGACAUUUGACAGGUAGAAUCUCAAAGGAAAGCAUAUCUCGACUGUUCGGCAAUGAAGAAUCGACCGAGUUCUUAAGACUUCUCACACAAGGGUUUGAUGAGUGUUUAGCUUUUGAUGAUUUUUAUGAAAGUAUGAGACAGAUUAACAUUGAAAGAAAGUCGUUUGCAAACUUUUUGCGGGGCAACAGGUAUAUUCUAAAAAUCCUCAGUAUAAGCACAUGGGUGCUUUUUACACUUUUAUCAGUUAUUGUUGUAGGACAGAUAUUUGAUUUUAACAAUUUUAUGAAAUGUUUGAUCUACCCACUUGUAUUAUGCAUGAUUCCAUGGUUUGUUAAUAUACUUGACUCUUUCAUCUUUAUUGUCUACAUCCAUCCAUAUGACAUCGAAGACAGGGUCCUCAUAGAUUCUGAUAAUCUUAUUGUAAAAUCCAUAGGACUGACAAGCACUGUUCUUGAAAGAUGGAACAACGAAGUUGUGAUAUAUUCAAACAAAAGCCUUAAAGACAAGGUCUUCAGAAAUAUUAGACGAUCAAAAAAUCAACAAAAGAUGAUAUCAGUUUUGAUGCGAAAAACAGAUGUAAAGAAAAUAGAGCAUAUUAGGCAGAUUUUGAAAGAAUACGCAAUGCAAAGUCCAGCCUUUGAAGGGUUUGGCUUGACUGUGGAUGAAAUCGUAGACUGUAGGUUUGCAAAGGUUGAUUUUAGGAUAACACAUUCAAUAAACCACCAAAAUGGAUAUUACAUGUGGGUUGCACAAAAUAGAUUUAUGAAGAAAGUGACUGAGGUAUUGAAAGAGAAAAGGAUAAGCUAUCACCCGAUUGAAAUACCCAUCGAAAUUGAGAAAGUAUGUGUUUGA